AACGUUGGUUGCGAUCGGCCCAUUUAAAACCCAAGAAGAAGACUACUUCCGGGUUGUUGUACAUCCUGUGCGGAUACGAUACGUGUAUUAGAGAGUAGCCUGUGCGUUUCUGUAAACACGGCUACGUGAUUUAAAAAUGGUGUACGUUUCCAACGGUCAGGUCCUGAACAGCAGGACUCAGUCACCAUGGAGACUGUCCCUACUGGUCGAUCUUUUCUGGGGAGCAGUGGAGUUUUUUGGCCUUUUUUUUAAGACCAUGAUUCACCCUGACAUGACAAAGGACGGAUAUGGUGGUUCAUUACGCAUGAGUGAUGGCAGAGGUCCUCCAGGUCCCCCCGGUGGCAGGAGAAGUAUUGGAAGAAUAAACCACGGUGCAGGUCCCAACGCUCCACCAAUGGGUGGAGGAGGAUGAGGAAGGUAAACGCCUACACGUCCAGUGUAGGCGUGGGGCCGGGCACAGUGUCCUUUUCCUGAGAUCUUAACAGAGAAUGUGACAUCAGUGCUGAAGCCCCCCCUUCAUCUGCUGCCGCUGCCACAAGCAGUUUCUUGACGCCUUUCUGGGAAGACCUACUCAUAGGGUCCAGAACGGCUGAUACAGCAGCAAGCCACAUCACCCCCCCCCCCCCCCCCCCUCUGUUUUUUUUCUGCCUUUGCCCCUUUAAACUUUCCUCCACCACCAGACAUCAGUCUCCUAGUGUGUCACUUUUUGUCAUAACCCCUCUAUCAUGAAUCAUAAAGGUAGUUUGUUUUGUGUAACGCUGUUUAAUUAAAACUGUCUACUUUUCAAAUGUG